CCCUCCUUAAUCUCACUUGCCGCAAAUUACACUCCCCCUUCUUUAUACUUCCCCCUUAGUCCUACCAUCACUAUCCUCUCCCACUCCUCGCUCCUCCCUCGAGACCCGACCCGAAGAAUCGCCACCGCACGCGACAUUCAUGUGGCCGCCGUCGUGGUUGAGCUCGCCCCGAACCCGGAGGAUCGCCACCGCGCCCCGCUCCCCGAGCUGCCGCAGCUUCUCCUGCUCCUCCUUCAAGGACGUCCAGUCCCUCCUCUCCGACGACCAGCCCCCCCCCGGAUCCGGGGAUCCGGGUCCGCUCCCCGCAGCCCCUCCGUCUUCCACCGGGUCCGGGUCUCCGCCUCCGUCCUCCGCGCCUGGGCCCACGCCCACCGCGGCGGCGGCGGCGGCGGCGUCGGCGACGCCAAGCAGCCCAGCGUCCCCGAUCUGACCGUCGUCCUCUACUUCACCAGCCUCCGGGUCGUCCGCAAGACCUUCGAGGACUGCAGGGCGGUGCGGUCGAUCCUCCGCGGGUUCCGCGUCCGGAUCGACGAGCGAGAUCUGUCCAUGGACGCGUCCUACCUGGGGGAGCUGCAGGGGAUCGUGGGGCGCAAGAAGGUGAGCCUCCCCUGCGUCUUCGUCGGCGGGAGGCUCGUGGGGGCGGAGGAGGUGAGGCAGCUCCACGAGAGCGGCGAGCUCAAGCGGAUGAUCGCGGGCCUGCCGGCGGCGGCGGCGGCGGCGCGGCGGCGGCGGGGGUGCGACGCCUGCGGGGGGCUGAGGUUCGGGGUGUGCGAGGAGUGCAGCGGGAGCCACAAGAUCUACAGCGAGAAGGCCGGGUUCAGGACCUGCCAAACUUGCAAUGCGAACGGCCUCGUCAGGUGCCCCUCCUGCUCGUCCCCGUGCUUGCGAAGCUUCAAGACAUAGCCAUUAAAGGUUGCAUUUUUAUCUUUCUUGGUUGUUCCUUUCUUUCUUCUCUGCGUUGCUUUCCAGUGGCUUGAGUUUCUGUAGAGAUGAGUGCUUUUUUUGGGUCUUUUCUUUUUAUUGGGUAAGAAGGGAAAAAGAGCUUAAGUUGUAAUUAUUGAAAGCUUUUUUUCGAGAUGACGUUUAAUAGAGAUGGGACUCGUUUGAAGUUUCGGAUGAAUGGAGAGUCAAUCAAAUCAAAUCAAUCGACGUCUGAUCUUUUGGUGUUC